CAGGCUAUCGUCUUAUGCGUUUACGCUUCUCGCCAUCUACUACCUGCAGGUAGACCCAGAGGUCGCGCUCCCGUGCCUCCCCGCGGACGCUUUCCGCGAGGAGGCGUACCUCGGGCAGGACGAUGAGGGGGUCGUGCGCGAGCACCGCGGUCGCUGGUCUUGCCAGCUCUCUGCCGUGGAGCUCCUCCAGCGCUUCUUCCAGUUCUACCACAGCGGGUUCCAGUGGGGCGACGAGGUGGUGAGCGUCCGCCUCGGGAGCAGGCACACCACCGGGCCGCAGUUCCCGCAGCUGCGCGGCCGCCACGUCCAGCGCCUGCACAUCGAAGACCCGUUCCUCCUGGAGCGCAAUCUCCACUGCGUGCUGGGCGGGGACGAGGAGGCGGAGCUGUGGCAGGCUUUCGCGCAGGCCGCCCACGAGUUCAGCAUCGGCGUGCUCCCGGUCGGGCUCGACGCAGCCGGCGUCAGCCGCGAGCAGGCCGACGAAGGGCUCGCCCUGGAGCAGAGCGGCGGGUCCAUGCUGAUGAUGAUGCUGCAGCAGGGC